AUGGUGCUGAAGAAUUUGGGUAUUAUUGUUGGAUGGAUUUGUGCUUACAUAGUUUAUUUAGGAUCAUAUCCCAACCGUUUUGACAAUACAGCUACUGAUCAUGAUAGGGCCGUAAGGUAUCAUCAAGCAAUUCUAGGAUCAUGCUUGGGAAGUACCAAGAAGGCAAAAAGCUCAAUCUUUUACUCUUACAACCGAUUUAUCAAUGGCUUUGCUGCAAACCUUGCCGAGGACGAAGUACCGAAAGUCAGGAGUCACCCAAAAGUUCUAUCUGUUUUCUUGAGUAAAGGAAGGAAAGUUCAGACGACAAAUUCAUGGGAUUUUCUUGGAUUAGAGAAAGGCUUGAAAAUUUCUUUAUUCUCGCCAUGGAAGGAAGCCAAGUUUGGUGAAGAAGUAAUUAUAGGCAACCUCGACCAUGGUGUUUGGCCUGAAUCAAAGAGCUUCAGUGAUGAAGGAAUGCCUCCGGUGCCCGCAAGGUGGCGAGGAAUCUGCCAAACUAACAAAAGGGAUGGAAUUCAAUGCAACAGCAAGUUGAUAGGAGUAAGGUAUUACAAUAGAAAUUAUCUUCAAAUGGCUCGAAGGAUUGCUCGUAGACACAAUACAACCUAUCAUCCAACUGUAAGAGUUAUCACGGCACGUGACUACAAUGGCCAUGGCACACACACUCUAUCAACAGCCGGUGGAAACUUUGUUCCUAAUGUCAGUUUUUUUGGGCAAGGCCAUGGAGUUGCGAAAGGUGGAGCACCUAGAGCUCGUAUUGCUUCAUAUAAGGUAUGCUGGGAUGCCAUUGGAGAUGUGGGCGAGUGCUUUGAUGCAGAUAUCAUGGCGGGCAUCGAAGCUGCAAUCAGUGAUGGUGUUGAUAUCCUUUCUAUCUCUCUUGGGGGGCUACCAAAUGAAUAUAUUCAUGAAUCACUUUCAAUUGGUUGCUUUCAUGCUGUUAAAAAUGGUAUUCUUGUUGUUGCUGCUGGUGGAAACUCUGGACCAAUUCCAUCAACCGUUUCAAAUGUGGCUCCAUGGAUUUUCACCGUUGCUGCCAGCACAACAAACAGACAGUUUGUAAAUUAUAUUACACUCGGCAACAAGCAGGUCAUCAAGGGAUUCAGCCUCUCGGAAAAAGGCUUGGAGCCUGAAAAGUUCUAUCCAGUGAUAACUGGAACAGAUGCUAAGCUUCCUAAUGCAACUAUUGAGGAAGCCUCUAUAUGCAACCCUGAGACCCUUGAUCAUUCCAAAGUUCGGGGAAAAAUCAUGGUCUGCCGUCGGGAAGAGCCUGUAAGUCUUCAAUACGGCAAGUUUGCUGCUGCUGUAGGAGCUGCUGGAGUUAUUAUAGCCAACACCAAAAGCAUGGGAUUCGACACUUCAAGCGAUCCUCACAUCAUCACAGCUUCCCUGGUCAACUCUGUAGAUGCUGAUUCUAUAUAUGCCUAUAUGAAAUCUACCAUGUCUCCAGUUGCACAUAUAAGUGAAGUAAAGACAGAAUUUGAUGAGAACUCAACUAUAUCAAUGGCUUCAUUUUCAUCCAGGGGACCUAAUUUAAUUGAGUCAGCCAUCCUCAAGCCUGAUAUCACUGCACCUGGCGUGAACAUAAUUGCUGCUUACAGUGGUGCAAAAACAGCAACUACAUUACAAGAUGAUAAUCGUCUGGUUCCUUAUCUUCCUCUCUCCGGUACUUCAAUGGCAUGCCCUCAUGUUUCUGGCAUUGCCGCACUUGUCAAAACUCUCCACUCAGACUGGAGCCCUGCUGCCAUUCGAUCUGCAAUAAUGACUACUGCUACCCCAAGUGACAGAAAUGGGCGUCCAAUUUUAGAUUACAACAGAACUGAAGCAACCCCGUUUGCAUAUGGCGCCGGACAUGUGAAUCCAACUAAUGCAUUGGAUCCUGGCCUUGUUUAUGACUUGAAUCCGGAAAAUUACUUGGACUAUUUAUGUGCCCAUGGAUACAAUGACAGCCUCCUCAGAUCUUUUACAAUCUCAGACAAGCCUUACUCAUGUCCUCUGUUUUUCAGAAUGGAAGACUUCAAUUACCCUUCCAUUUUCAUCCCUAAACUCAAUGGCCCAGUAAAGUAUACCCGUUAUCUUAAGAAUGUGGGUACACCUGGAACAUAUAAUGUGAGCGUCAAGGCACCAGCCGGCGUCUCCAUUUCUGUUCAACCAGCUACUUUGCAGUUCGAUAACUAUGGCGACGAGAAGAAAUUUGAAGUGAUGUUUAAUGUUGUGGGUAAUAUAACUAGUGAUGGUAAGGACUAUGCUUUUGGGGAACUUACAUGGUCAGAUGGCACUCAUUCUGUAAGGAGUCCUAUCGUCAUGAAGCUGAAGAUGGAAGAAAAAAAAUUAUUUUCUAUAAGCUUUUGAUCUCAUCAAGAGAGGUAAAUUAUGUGAUGUAAAGACAAUUAUAGUGGCUAUCAAAAGUGUUAACUAAUUUAUAUAUUAAGUCAUUCUUAAAUAGGUUUAAAAAGUUCAGGUUAAUACUCAGAUAAUUAUAUUACAAUUUUUAUGUCUA